GGAUCCAGGAAGAGCUUAUAGACACGCCUCCGAAUGCUCACUGCGCCAGACCCCUGCAAGAGCCACUGUCAAAUCAGCUUUCCUUUUUCAGAGCGUCUUUUUGAGUAACAUUUUAGGUGCCAGACAUUACUGUCAACUAAGUUUACCAAGGGUAUUUACUACAUUUCUUAUGUCCUUAUAGAACAACAACUUCAAAAUCAAGGAAUCAUUUCUCCAGCACACAUGAAAGAAACAGACGUCGGUUAAAUUCUAUACGGGGCGAGGUAUCUGAAGCCGGUCACAUCUGUAAAAAAGGGGGAUUUAUCGUACGUCGGGAACUAUGUCACCCCGGACAUCCUGCAAAAUUGGAUGGACGGUGUUUUUUUACACUUUCAUCGGAUUGGCGUCAGGGUCCGGCCCGAUACAUAGAGCACUGCGACUGAUGAGAGAAUAUCCACUUAUUGACGGACACAACGACCUUGCUCUGCAGUUAAGAAUCCUUCAUAAUAACAGAUUGAACCAAAUCGACCUACACAAUAUUAGCAAUGUUGCCACAGAUAUAAAUCGUCUGAAAGAAGGACACAUCGGAACACAGGUGUUUUCUGCCUAUGUCAUGUGCACCGCCCAGGAGAAGGAUGCGGUCAGACUCACCAUGGAGCAGAUUGACGUGAUCCACCGCAUGUGCAGCGAGUAUCCUGAGCUCGAGCUGGUCACCUCAGCCCAAGGUCUGAGAAACUGCACAAAGAUUGCCUGCUUGAUAAGCAUCGAAGGGGGACAUUCCAUAGACAGCAGCCUAGCCGCCCUGCGAAUGUUCUACCGGCUGGGCGUGAGGUCCAUGUCUCUGACGCACACGUGCAACACCCCCUGGGCAGAAUCAUCUUCACGCAUCUAUGAAUUUUAUCUGAGAAAAAACAAUAGCCUAACACAUUUUGGAAAGGAAGUGGUGUCGGAGAUGAAUCGGUUGGGGAUGAUCAUCGACCUGUCCCACACCUCCUGGGAUACAGCUGAGAAUGUUCUGGAAGUCUCCACAGCCCCCGUCAUCUUCAGCCACUCAUCUGCCUUUGAAGUGUGCCAGCACCUGCGCAACGUUCCCGACUGGCUGCUUGGAAUGCUGAAAGAAAACCAUGGGAUUAUUAUGGUCAACAUGCACAGUGGGUUUGUGGCCUGUGGUAAUAAGGGAAAUAUCUCCAUCGUGGCUGAUCAUUUUGAUCACAUCAGAAAAGUGGCAGGAGCUGAAUCAAUAGGAAUCGGGGGGGAUUACGAUGGUGCUUCCAUAUUCCCUAAUGGGUUGGAAGAUGUCUCCAAGUAUCCUGCCUUGAUCCAGGAGCUUCUGCAGAGAAACUGGACCGAGGCUGAGGUGGCUGGGGUCCUGAGACUAAACUUCCUGAGGGUCUUUGAAGAGGUGGAGGAAGUACGAGACUCAUUGAAAAGGAUGAGACCGAAUGAGGCUGAGAUCCCUUUGUCGGAAGCAAACAACCCCUGUCGCCUGAUUUUAAAAAGGCCCAAACUAAACCCGGUUACUAACCGGGCUUUUUCUCCAAGUGCCAGUGGUAGUUUGAAUAUACUUGUUUUGAUCUUAGUGAUGGUGUUUCACGAGUCCAGUCAGGCUCUUAUGUGCUGUGGACUGUGAACCAAAGCUGUGGAGAGCAAAGCAGGCAACCAAGGUUUCCAUUUCUCUUUAUCUAUGUUAAUUCUUUUUAAAUUAUAUAACCAGUGACCUAUAUGGCAGAGGUACCAUUAUGUCGCAGGAAAUGCUUCAGUUUCCUGUAGAGGCAUCAUGGGGGUCCUCAGUGGGGGUCCUCAGUGGGGGUCCUCAGUGAGAAUCAUGUUGACCUUGUCCACAGGAUAAGUGGGAUGUAAUGUUUGUAGUACUAGAUAAAAAUCUACAUUUUAAAGCAGCGGUGACCUCCGACAAUUUGAAGAUUUCUGAUCCUCAGCCGAAUAGUUUUUGAAGAAGUAUAUGUCACUUUAACUGUUUGAUAAUAAGUAACUCAGUUUUUAUCUAUUUAUACAGUAUACAGUCAUGGCUGUUAGUUUUAUAAUCCCACACAUUGAGCAUUUUUGUUUUCACACAUUGCAAGUAAUGAAUUUUGGUAACAGUUUAGAGGCUGCUCCUAAACCUUUAAAACUGUUACUAAUCAUUUGAUAAUUUAUUAAUAGAUGAUUCACUCUUUAACGAAUUAAAAACUGUAUUGCGUCAUCUGAAAUCACGCAUGGUAUUUACAAAACAAGCUUCUAAAUCACUUGCAAAUAUAAAACAGUGGGUAACUAGACAUACCUAAAAGGAGUUAUUACUAAACAUUUAUAAGGUCUUUACUAAACACUGUGCAAGACAGGAGUAGGAUGUCUUUGUAAGACAUUCUAAAAUUUAAUUGUAAGUGGAUCUUUUCAUUUAAUAAUAUAUUACUGUAUGAUUAGUAACAGUUUAAUAGUAGUUAAGGAGCAGACUUUAAAUUACUUUUAAAAUUAAUGUAUAUAUAUAUUUUUUUCAUUUACACUGUUGGAUUAAUAUUUUAUUGCAAAAAUUAUGCUUGGUUCAUUCCAAUUACCAAAAUGGAUGGAGCUUAACUGUACGGAAUGUUUAAAUAAAUAUGUUGCCAUAUUUAUCUAA